CAUACCAAAUGCGUGUAAGUUUUUAGCAUGUUACAAUGUCGACGGGAAGAAAUUUUCUAGGCGAUAAACAUCUCCGCCGUAGCCUACUUUUUAGUUUCCGCAUAAGUAUCACAUGCAUGAACAAAUUGCUUAGUAGUCAUAAAGAUGUGUGGCAAUUCUACUUCCUAGCUCAUGUCAUUUUCAUUCCACAAAUAUAAAUAGAUCCCCAUACUUAUCCCUCAAACCUCAAUCAAGCCUCACUCACUCUUUCUCUUCUUCUCGAAAGCUUAAACAUUCACUUUGCUAAUUAACAAGAUGUUUCUUUCUCUCUUUCUUUUCUUCAUUUUAGGGUUUCUUUCUUUGUCCCUAAAAUUUACUCCCAUUUAUGGCCCUUCCUCUUACCCCAUUCUUGGAUGCCUUGUUUCCUUCUACAAAAAUCGUCAUCGGCUAUUAGAUUGGUACACUCAACUUUUAUCUGAGUCCCCCACACAAACCAUUUUAGUUCAGCGCUUCGGUGCCCCUCGAACUAUAAUCACUGCCAAUCCGAGUAACGUUGAGUACAUUCUCAAAACGAACUUUACUAACUAUCCAAAGGGGAAGCCGUUUACGGAGAUUCUAGGGGAUUUUCUUGGCCGUGGAAUCUUCAACGUGGACGGGGAGCAGUGGAGCGCACAGCGCAAAUUGGCUAGCCAUGAGUUCAGCACAAAGUCAUUGAGGGAGUUCGUGGUCAAAACUCUAGAAGAUGUAGUCGAAACCAGGCUCGUUCCUUUGCUGAACCAUGCUGCUGAAUGUGGCAAAGUGUUGGACUUGCAAGACGUGCUUAGGCGUUUCGCCUUCGACACUAUUUGCAAGGUGUCCCUCGGCACUGACCCACAUUGCUUGGAGGAUCUCUCCCACGUGCCAAUUCUCGUUGAUUCAUUUGACACUGCUUCUCGAGCGUGUGCCAUGCGCGGGAUGGCUCCUGUGUAUGCAAUUUGGAAAAGCAAGAGAGCGCUCAAUUUAGGAUCUGAGAAGACGCUGAAGGAGAAUGUGAAACGCGUUCAUUGUUGCAUCAACGACAUCAUUGAGAAAAAGAAACAAACGAUCAAUGAAAACGGAGAGAACAGCAAGAACAUGGAUCUCCUCUCCAGAUUAUUAAUCGCAGGACACGAAGAUGAAGUAGUGAGAGAUAUGGUCAUAAGUUUUCUCAUGGCUGGAAGAGAUACAACUUCUUCCGCAUUAACAUGGCUUUUCUGGCUCACUACCAAUCACCACGACGUCAAAAACAAAAUGAUCAACGAAAUAACGUCGAUCAACAAUGGCGAUAAGGCGCUAGAAUUCGAUGAACUAAAAGAGAUGAAGUACUUGCAAGCAUGCUUGAAUGAAUCAAUGAGGCUUUAUCCGCCAGUGGCUUGGGACUCAAAGCACGCAGCUAAAGACGACAUUUUGCCAGACGGUACAAGGGUUCAAAAAGGAAAUAGAGUUACAUACUUCCCGUACGGAAUGGGCCGGAUGGAGGAGAUUUGGGGAAAAGACCGGCUAGAAUUUAAACCGAACCGUUGGAUCGACGAAAAUGGAGAACUGAAAAGUGUUUGUCCAUAUAAAUUUCCAGUGUUUCAAGCAGGUCCAAGGGUGUGUUUGGGUAAAGAAAUGGCAUUCACGCAGAUGAAGUAUGUGUUGGCUUCGGUUCUGAGGCGGUUCGAGAUUAAACCGGUAAAUGCAGAAAACCCGGUUUUUGUGCCUCUUUUGACUGCACAUAUGGUUGGUGGUUUGAAUGUGAGAAUAUAUCAUUGUAAUAGCUAGUUAGUGAGUGAAAUUAAAUGAAAAAUACUCCACUGUUCAAUACUUCAAUUAUUCAAUUAGCGUUUUGCUGCUUGUUAUACUUUUUGCAAAUGAAAAAUCCAAAUUAAGGAGGAUAUGCGUUGUUUCUUUCGGAGGGUAACUAGGAAUAAUGAGUAAGAAACACUGCACUCCAAUGAUUAUGUUACAGUAAAGUUGGAUAGGGUU